GGAAAAGUGACUCAUAGUAAACUGCUUUUACAGAUCCACUAAAUUAUUCAAGAUUAUCAAAACAAUGAAAUUAUAAAUGUAUCCAAUAAUUUUCUUACUGUUAAAUUAAUUGGACGUAUCAUAUUUUUUACAAUAUUACGAUACUUGGAUGAAAUAUCAUACGAGUAACGAAGUGCUUUUUAAAAGGAAAUAAAUAGCUCAUUCGUCAUGAUAUGCUAGGGAGAGACAGAGGAAUUGCAUACAUCUGAUUUGUUCGUAUAUACGGACAAAAUCAAAACGUAAAUGUUGGUAAACGCGAAGUGACAUGUGUGGAUAUGUGUUGAGUACUAUGAAGAAUUGUUCGUUAGGAACAUCACGAAUAUCAACAGUGCAGCGUUCCAUCAAGCUUUAUGAUGCUAAAAAACUUGUAAAUAUAAAACCUCGCGAAAACUAUCAUAUAAUUAAGUAAACACUUCUUGCGUGUAUCAAAAUUAUUCGACAAAGUGAUUAUACGUUUGUUAUGCACGACUUGGAAAGUUAGAAUAGUUAUAAAAUUUGGAAAUAAUCAUUCGUUUUGAACAAUUAUUUUAACAUCCGAAACUUUUACUACAUUAUUUUCUUCGUAAAUUCCAUAAUCUACGAGGUACUUCAUGUUUGAGGUGUAUGGACCAUCAAAAAUUGAAGAUAUAUAAUGCAGUCCCAGUUACCAGCUACUCCUCGAAAAUUACCAGUAUUUGUAUUUCCUCAAAGUAUCACUUUUUAUUUAGAUGAUCAAUCCACUCACAAACAAGUUUUGACUUUGUAUAAUCCAUAUGAUUUUCCUGUAAGAUUUAAAGUGUUAUGUACUGCACCAAAUAAGUAUAAAGUUGUUGAUCCAGAAGGAACAAUAAAAUCAAGAUUUUGUGUUGAUAUUGUUGUGAGGCAUACAUCCCUUUUGUUAAGCAAUUGCAAUGUCAUUGACAAAUUUAGAAUACAGAUGCAAGAGCAUCCAACCAAACAGGCUAUAGGAAAAAGAGAUGUCGAAGCUAAACUUCUUUCUGGGACAACAGAUACUGCUGGGAGAGCAACCCCAGAUCCAGACAUGUUUCAACAGCUUCCUAUAAAUGAAAACAGACAGCAACAAUCUUAUGCACUUAUAGCUCAAAAUAAAGCAAUUGAUAGAGGAACAAAUUACAUAGCAUUAAUUGCUGGUAUCAUAUGUAUAGCUGGAUUACUUCUACCCACAGAAGGAGAACGGAAUAAUAAACUGCCUGAUUAUCUUCAUCUCUCCACAAACUUUAAAUUGAUACUUUCAUUUGUAUUAGAUUAUAAUUUUUGGCUUUAUAUGUAUAAGAAAAAGUUUAUACAAUGGUUAGAAUCAUGGGAUAAAAGCACAAUUAAUCUAAGGUUUUUUGGUAUUGAGUCUCUCUUUUAUUACUGGAUAUACCUGACUCUAGUCUAUAAUCAAUAAGCUAUCACGUUACGUUGCGAAUAAUGGUAAUAUUUAUUAACAUGUGAAAUCUUUUAUUCUUUUAAUAUAUAUAUAUAUAAUGCUAUACAUUCUUAUCCAAGUUUAUGCUUUAUUGCCUGGGGUAUGCAUCAAAGAAAUUUGUACAUACGUAUAUCAAUGAAAUUCUGAUGGA